AUGUCAGAAAAGGUAUCACGUCUGGCCAAGAUGCUGGCCUCUGAUGAACUGAAAACCCGCAAGCUUGGUCACAAAUUGGUCCUGAAACUCCUUCGAGUCAAGCCAAAGACUGAAGAAUCCGAACUCACCUAUGAGAACAUUUUGGGCGUCUGCAAGGGCCUUCACUACAGUCUCUGGAUGCAGGACAAACUGCUGCUACAGGAGGAUACUGUCGAACGCAUUGUCAAGCUGCUUCCUCUGAUCGCCUCUCGAGAGACACGAGUGAAAUUUGUCGCAGCCAUGUUCGAAACACUUGCCCGCGAAUGGGAGAAUUUGGACAUUUGGCGUGUCGACAAGUUUAUGAUGUCUAACAUGUCCCUCUCCCCCUUGUUUCUGCAGCUUGCUCGACAAUUCUUUGUAAAGGCCCUGAUGUGUACCAAAAAGCGUUCUUUGUCGGUGAAGGCUGUGACGGAUGCUGUCUUCGACAAGGUCCUCAACUCCGACCCGAAUGCCGCCAUCGAUCUCAAGGUGCACCUCUGCACUGUAAUUGGCCAAGAACUACCACGCAACAAGGACCUCCCCGCGGUUAUCCUCAGCUUCUAUAAGCGCACUCUGGCCGUCCUGCUAACAGUAGCCAGGGCCAAUGAUUACAUUACAUGCUUAACGCGACUCCUACUCAUCCUGGCUUGUUUGAUUAGAGCCAACCGUGCAGUUCGUGCGGAGUUGAGUGAACAGGCCCUCCUCCUCUCCACUAAACAUCCACUUCACAGAAAAACGCUCUGCAGGAUCUCUAAAAUGUAA